CUUAUAUAUUUAAAUAUUCAUUUAUGCAUUUAUAUAUUCAUUUAUUUAUAUAUUGACUUUAUUUCAAUUUUUCAUUAUUUGUUUAGCUCGAUUUUGAACAUUUUAUUUGAACUCGAACAUAUAAAAUACAUUUUUGUUACAUAUAUCUAUUUACGUUUUUAUCAUAUUUUUUAAUUGGUUUUUUUUAAUUGAAUAUCUUAAAUGAAAAGUUUAACAUAAUCUUUAAUUAUUUGAGAAAGAAUUAAUAUAUUCUAAAGAAACUAGUACUACAAGAGUUAAAACAGUGCAUACGACAACUUAAAAUCUAUACCACACAUAUGUUAAAUGUAUUUAAAUGAAAACAUGUACUACCUCCGUCCCCCUAAGUUUGAGACAAGAAAAGGUGACACAGUUAUUAAUAAAUUUGAGUUUAUGUGGUUGAAAUUGAAUUGAUAAAGUAAGAAUAAAGUAGGAAUGAUUUAGAACCACACAAACUUUACCAAAUAAGUUAUGAGACAAUCUUAGUGGGACGAACCGAAAUGAUAAAAUGGGACAAUCAUAACGGGACAGAGGGAGUACCAAAUAACUAUGAUAGUCCAGCGGUUCUUUCAUAGCUAAGGAGUGAGAGGUUUUGUGUUCAACUCCCACUAGCAACAUAAUUUUUUACUUAAGUAAACCAUAUCCGGAUUAAAUUCUAAAUUAAAACCACCUUAGUUUGGAAAAAAACUCAUGAAAAUUAAAUUCUAAGAAAUGGAUGACAUGACCUUGUGUCUUUUGAAACCCGUGAGAAACAAACUCACAUGUGUAGUAUAGGAGGGAAGCAUAUGCAUUACUAUUGUACUUAGUAUGCAUGUGAACUAAAAACAGCACCAGGCGACUUGGAGGUCACCAACGAAGUAUCUCUCACGUACAUACUCUAGCUAGCUCGCAUGUAUAGUAGCUACUACUUCCACUCUUGUAACCACUAACAUGCACCCCCCAAUAGGGUUGGCAGCAGUUUCUCUGCAACUUGCCUCCUUCAUCCUCCUCCUCUUUUCACCGCCAACCAUUGCCCUAAUUCCACCCAUUAAUGCUGCAGCAACCACUACAAUCACCAAAGGCACCAACAUCACGCAACCGGGAUGCCCAGAAACAUGCGGGAACGUCACGGUCCCGUACCCGUUCGGAGUGGGCCCGGGUUGCGCUCUCGACCCGAGCAUGCAAAUCGACUGCAACACCACUUACAAUCCUCCAAAGCCUCUAAUAGGAAUAAACGUUUGCGUGUACCACAUCUCCGACUCCCAAGUCUGGAUCUCCAACGACGUUGUUUACCAAUGCUACAACCGGAAAGGGGCCGUGAUCUCACAAGAUUGGGCGUCUACAACUUGGACCGAUUUCAGCAAUUACAACGCCUACACUUUCUCUGAUGAAAACAAGUUCACCGUUGUCGGGUGCGACGACGAUGGUACCUUGGCCGGAGACAACCUCGGAAAGAUGAAGCGUUUCACACAGGGCUGCCAAACCUUUUGCAAGAACCCAGAGGAUGUGACUGCCGGAAGCUGUGAAGGUACCAACGGUUGCUGCCAAUACACGAUCCCCAAGGGAUCCAAGUUUUAUAACUUGGUUGGAUUGAGAUCCCCGUCCAACCAUACUCAGGUCUGGUCCGGUAACCCUUGCGGGUACGCGUUUAUUGGGGAAGCCGGCAAGUUUAAAUUCCGGGGCUUCGAUGAUCUUAAAGAUCGUGAUUUUGUACGGAGGGUAAUGGAAAGCGUUCCGAUUGUACUGAAUUGGGGUAUUGGGAAUCUGAGUUGUAAUGUCGCAAAUAAGAGCGAUGGCUAUGCGUGCAAGGAGAAUAGUCAAUGCGUUGACGUUGACGAUGAAUCCGGAGGUUACCGUUGUGCGUGUAACGCUGGUUAUGAGGGCAAUCCUUAUCUCUCUCACGGCUGCAAGGGGGUUCGUAUACCAUACAUCCGGCUGUACGGUGAGCACCGUACAGCCGGCCCAAUUUUAGUGUUUUUAAAUUACUUAACUGUUGGCCCGUGCUCCAAAAGCCCAAAAUUUGAAAAUACCCGGUUGCGGUAAAAUAAAAUACAUGAACGAUUUUUUUUAAAAACAAAAAGCAACUGCAAAUCUCUCAAAAACCGCAAUCUCUUCGCACGAGACACAACUCUUCCCAACUACACCGCCAUAUCUGUAUCUCGACAUUAAUGGUGACCAGUUAAUCGGAGUUGUUGCUUUACGAGCUAGAAGAAGACGGGGAAGGAGAUCUGAGUUCCGAAGUGUUAGGUUUUGAGUACUAAGAACGAACAGAGCUAUGGAUCUCGUUUCAGAAUGGAACAUGCUUUCAAAUGCACAUGAAGAACACGAAAGUGCUGAAGCAUCUGAAAAGUAUGUAAUACUCAUUCAUAUACAUUUGCAUUUUGUUUCUUAGUUCUCAUUAUGUUAAUAAAAUUGCAUGUUCGUUAUUUUGGAGAAAAAACAUAUACAGAGUAUAAUUUAGAUAAAAGUCAAAUUGAUUAUUAAAAUGUUAUAAUGAUCAUUACCGCCCCUCUUGUGCUCAUAUUUCGAGUACAAUAAGACAACAGGUGUUUGUUAAGUACAUAUAAGCGUCAAUAUGUUUACUGCAAUCAAUUGUGUUUAGAAGAUGCUUGUUAUGAAAUGAUAUUACAUUAAAAUUGGUACAAUACUCAUCACGUGGUUUGUGAUACUCAUAUAUUUCUUAUUUAAAUGUUUAUAAAGUAACGAAAUAUGUGAUAUAGAUUUGACAUGUUGGUUACUGUAUAAUACUCAUAUUGUAAUCUCUAAUGCUCAUGUGUACUGCAAAUAAUUGUUACUGUAUAAUACUCAUAUUGUAAUCUC